CACGAGUGAAAGGGCGUGGGAGUUUCGGUGCGCGGUUUGGCGCAAGUACAGCAGUGAUGGAGAAGGUGGCGCCCAAGCUCAAGGGCCGAGGUCGGCCUGAGAGCAAGGGGACCGAGAGAGACGACGUCGUCCCACCGCUUCCGAUACCGACCGUCCUGCCUCCGUCCAAGUUCAAACAGAGAGGGAUUUCGUUCAACAUGUGGCGACAGGCCGAAGUCAUACCAGCCGUGAAUCGUGUGUCGUUGCAAGUGUCGGCCGAGGAGCGGAAAAAGCUUGAGCAGGGUCUCGAGGAAUCGGCGAAUCGGUUCAUGUGGACUCCAGAUUCUCCAAUGCGGUUGUCAUGGGACGCUCUCAUUGCCGUCGUCACAGUCUUCUUUGCCUACCGCCUGCCGUACAGUUUGGCGUUUGAAGCGGACGCGACCUUCCAAGAGCAGCCGUGGUCCAUCGCGUUCAACUCGAUCGCGAACGUUCUGUACAUCCUCGACGUGAUCGCAAACUUUCGGUACGGGAACCGCUUGACUUGCCACUACGUCACUCGACGCAACGUAGCACGGGGUACCGCAGCGACGUGGAGGUGAUUUUGGACCCCAAAAAAGUGGCCAUCAAUUAUGUCAAGGUGCGUCGAUCGCUCCUUCGAUCGCGCGCCAUGACGCCAUGUCCACAGACAUGGUUUCUCGUCGACGUGGCUGGAUCGAUUCCGUUUGAGCUCUUUCUCAAGACAGGGGACAGCGGCAUCGAGCGCAAGGCCGUCAAGACGUCCCUCAAAUACUUGAAGAUUCAGAAACUGUUUCGACUCGCGCGCAUCAUUCGGUUCGUUCGGAAGCACAUGCAGUUCAUGUACGCGUUCCAGCUCUCGUUCUUGUACAUCUCGGUCGUCCACUGGGUGGCGUGCCUCGGCCCGAGUAUGCUCUCCCUCGACGUGUCGUCAUUCGUGCCGUUCACGCGCUACGGCAUCUUCCUCUACAUUUCCGUGACCGCGCUCUUUGACCUUGGCAAAAUGGACGGCUUCCCCGAAGACGAACAGAUCGUGCUGGCCGCGUUGUCUGUGUUUGGGUUCUUCCUCGUGUGCCUCGUAUCAGCCAGCAUCACGGCAAUAUUUGUGAGUCAGACGUCGCGCGCGUCCGAGUACCAAGAGAAGAUUCACUCGGUCAUGUCUGACCUGAAAGCGCUCCAAGUCCCGAGGGAGCUGCGCCUUGCGGCCAAAAACUACUACGAGAUGCUCUGGCGCGUGAAGAAGACAUCCGAUCGAUACGAGAAGUUCAUCUACGAAGACCAGGACCUGUCUCCGACGAUACGCGCCGAGAUCGCGCUGCAUAUCCACCGCCGCGCGAUCGCGGUCGUCCCGCUCUUCAAGGGAUGCACCGACGACUGCCUCGCGACCGUCGUCAUGCGCCUCAAGACGCAUCUGUACAUGGCGCACGACGUGAUCUUCCACAAGGGAGAGCCGGGCAGGUCCAUGCUCAUCAUCAUCCGGGGAAAAGUCAAAAUCAUCGGCCCCGACAACCGAACGCUCGUUGCCGUGCUCAAGGAAGGAAGCUUCUUUGGUGAAAUCGGACUCCUCCAAAACACAACGCGAUCAUGCACGGUCGUCGCUGCCACGUUUUGCGAAAUGAAGAGCCUCGCCCAGGCCGACGCGGAAGAUAUCUUUUCCCUGUAUCCACACAUCUUGGAACGGCUGUACCGCGAGUCGGACCGCCGCAAGCGGGACAACUCGACCCGGAACAGCUUUUGCUCGAUCAAAGUGCUCGACAACGCCCACACGGUGAGCAAGGAGUCGAUCGACCAAAUCGACACGGACACCAGAUUCAGCGGGUCCCGAUCCGGUGGCCGCGAACCCAAGUCGCACCCCGAGACGAAAACGUCGCUCAUGAUGAACUUGGGCCCCAACACCAAACCGAACUGGACCAUCUCCGAAGUCGACGGGGCCAUGCGCCACGAGCCCCCUGACAUGAACCUGCGAACGAUGGAGUCCCUGGCGAAUCUGCGCAUGGACUUUGACGAUUUGAAGGAUAUGCUGACGACGGUGCUCGAGAACCAGAAGCUUCUCGUGGAGAAGCUGUCGGAAUUGGAAGCGCGGUCGGUGCACACCCACCAUGCGCAUCGAAGACGGACCAAGGAAUCACCUGAACACGUUGGUGGAAGUCUGAAGAAGGAAGGGUCGUUGAAGCGGCGGGAAUUGCUGCACAUGACUGGUGAAAGCGAUCGAUCCAUCAGGUUGAACGGGACCGGCAGCAACGGCACGACAGAGGAGGAGCACAAAGUCGUGAACAGGCUUAUGGUGGAGCCCGAGCGACCGAAAUCAUAAUUAUCCUAUUGUACCGCUCGGUUUAUACUCCUGUGUGUCUGACAAGCCGAGGAGGUUCCAAGAGAGAUCGAACGAGAUCUCCCUUGCAUUUCUUUGCGGCAUCAGGGCCAAGCCGCGACCGUCUCCCCAUCACCAUCGACCCCCUCUCGAAAUUCGAACGAUGGGUUCAGCCGCGGGAAGGACAAUGUGCCUUCGACAGUCCUUGGCUCAUAAGGGAGCUCCCUGUGGCUGUCGAAGAGCGUUGGCAAGGAGCCUUCGCGUUGCUCGCUGCCCAUGUAGCGGGCAACAAUGUCGAUCUGGUGCGCGGUGGAUGCGACGGCAAGUUGGCGUUGCUCACGCAUGUCAUUCGGC